UUUAUCUUUUCAAUGUUUUAACAAAUUUAUGCAGUUCUGUGAAAAAAAUGAAAGGCUUAUCUUGAACUUGAAAGCUUGUGGCGCAUUGUCAGCAGACUGGCAGUCCGGCUUAAAAGUUCAGAAGCUGUAAAUAACUAUGUUGACUAUUUCAAAAUGUUUCUUUCUUUUUUUUGAUAAAAUUUAUUUUAUCGGAUUUUUCCUGUUGAGGUUUAAUUUAGAAAAGUGAUGUUUAAAAAUUAAAAGAGGAUGAAUAUUUGAAUAAAAAAACAAUAGAGUGGUUUGUAUAUCUUGAAGGAUGAAGGAAUACGGUCCAGAUAGCAAACAAAGUUGGCUGGUAGUGCUGGCCAGUUGUGUUAUUAAGUUCAUGACAUAUGGUCCGACAGAAGUGGCCGGAAUGUUGAUGGUCUACACUAUGAGCAGAUUCGACACUACACGUGAAGCUGCAUCUCUACCAUACACACUGCUCUACACCAUUAGAAACGGAUCAGGUCCUAUAAUUGCCUAUAUAGGCAAUAUAAUAGGUCUUCGUUCAACAAUUCUGUUUGGAUGCAUCUUAUCCUCUACAGCAAUCGGUGCUUGUUUCUUUGCUGAAAAUGUGAAAACAGUAACUGUACUGUGGGGAAUUAUAUUUGGAUUUGGAUUCGCUUUUGAAAUUCUUCUUCUCAAUUCAAUUACAAUGGAACAUUUUAAGAAUGAUUUAUCCAAAGCGUUGGGAGUGACAAAUGCUGGAGCUGUCCUUGGGAUCUGCUGCUUUUCUCCAUACCUCGAUUUUUUAGUGGACAGUUUUGGUCUUUCGGGUGCUUUCUUACUUCUUGCUGGCGCAACAAUGCACGCUACUCCAGCAGCCCUUUUAAUACUAUUAAAUAAACCAGGUAAACGAAUAAAACCUUAUGCGAACGAGAGUGCGAAUGUUUCUAGAGAAUACGAUAAAGUUAAUGAGAAUACGAACGGUCAUAGAAGAAACGAAGAGAUUGUAAACUGCGUGGACUCAAUACAAACUGCCCAUCAAAACGACUUUCAUACACAGAAAAAUGGUUCAAAAGACUGCAUUAGCAGCAUUUAUCCCGGAAACUUCAAAACAGUUUGCAAUGAUACUGAACUGCAAGUCAAAGCAAUAUCCUACAGAGCCCAUGGCAUAGACGCAUUUGAAAUAAAUAGAAAUAAAUCUAACCAAUGGAUUGAUAUCCCUCUUGAUUCUAAGAAUAACGAAGCCAAAUACGAUCAUAAUAUGAAAUCUAUACGUACGAAAACUGAAAGUUCGACGAAGUGCUUCACAACUGAUUCUGUUGUUGCACCCACACAGAAGCUUCACACAAACAAAUUGAUGAAAAUUUUGUUUACCCAUCCAAUUUUCUGGUUGAUUUUAAUCAGCAAUGGAAUGCGUUAUUUCGUAUUACCGGCAUUCUUUACGCUUCUUGUUGAUUACGCAAUAGACGUCGGUAUUAAUCCAAUACAUUCUAAAUACGUAGUGAUCUACUCAACAUGUGUUGAGUUUGUGGGCUGUUUGGUACUUGGCUGGUUAGCGGAUUUGAAGCUUUUGUCUAGUAAUGGAUUUGCAAUCACAAUGUUUUUGUGCCAAACUACAGCUUUGGCUCUUAUGCCAUGUGUACCAAAUAUUAUAUUUCUUGCCCUGGUGGUUCUCGUAUUUCAGUGGACGCAGACGGGGUUGUCGUUGAUCUACCCUUCCGUGGUAUCUGACUCCUUAGAAAAGGAAAUUCAGGCAUCAGCUCUUGCAUCGAUGUUUAUCUUGGCUGCACCUUUGGAUUUAGCCAUUUCACCCUUAAUAGGUUUUUUUCGAGAUGAGAGAGGUUCUUAUACUGGUGUGUAUCUCACUCUCGCUUUAGCUUCCUUUUUUGCAUGCUUAAGCCAAAUCUGUAUUUUAAAAUGCGUGAAUAAUAAGAAGCAGUCAACCAAAACAUGAUGAAACAAGAAGUGUGUAUGACAGUUCGACAACUACUUUCCAGAUCGGCACGUUUUCAGUGCCAGUUUGACAACAAGAAUCAUGUUUCUGUCGAGCAAUUUUAUGGAACAAGCUAACUUGUGUUUCAGCUCUUCACUUCACUUUUGAAACAACUUGUGCUCCAGCGACUAUGUUACCGAAACUCUGCACCGUCUGAUAGAUUGUUUUUGUUCAGCUUUCGACAGUAAGAGAAGUGAUUCCUGAUUGCUCAUCAAUUUAGAUAGAAAAAAAAAAUCUUAAACUUAUUCAUUGGAUCUCUUUUUUUGCCAUAUACUUCAGUCGUAAAUCAUGAAGAAUAAUUUGAAAAUAAUGUGAUAAUUGUGCUUAAUUGAAGCUGCACGUGAAAGAUUUUCAAGAAGACGUAUUCUUAAAAUUCGAUUAUUUUUUUUUCAGGAACUAUUAGACCGAAUUCGUUAAAAUUUGUAUUUUACCAUGCAAAAUUACUUUCUCCACAAAGAUGUAAAAAAAUAUACCUUUCAAUU